AUAGUUUAUGACUUUGAUAGCCACCAUUUUUAAAGAAUGACUUUUGGGGUCAAAAUGCAUUGAAAAGACAAACAUGCCCUUACUAAUUACUGAAUAAAAAUAAAGCAAAAUUGAAAAGAAAAUUAUUUGACUUAAAGAAUAAAAAAUAAAAGAAAAAUUAGAAAGGUUAAUUAAAAGAAAAAUAGAACAGAUUUGAAUCAAAAUUUUUCUCUAAAAUCGGUUUCUCUCUCUCUCCAGAAAACGCAAGCACUCACUCUCCGACGCAGACAACGGCGCCGCCGUCCCCCGGAAACCCAAUUCCUUCAAGUGGUUCUUCAACAUGAAAACCGCCACCUUCGAGUGGCUCUGCGGCCUCCUCGAGCUGCUCCUUGAUUGCCGCGACCCCGUCGGCCCCCCGCUAGAUCUGCCCGCCGAGACCCGCCUCGGAAUCGGCCUGUUCCGCCUCACCACCGGCUCCGAUCACUGCGAGAUCUCCGCCCGCUUCGGAGUCUCCGAGGCCGUCUCCAAAUUCUGCGUCAAGCAGAUCUGCUGCGUGCUCUGCACCAACUACCGAUUCUGGGUCGGAUUUUCGGGCCACGCUGAGUUGAAUCGCAAAGAAAUGCAAACCUCUUUCUUGUGUCUAUUUGUCCUUGGGUCGAAGAAGGAUCCUUAUCUGAAAUCGGGUAGGACUGCAUUGGGUAGGACUGCUAGGACUUUGUCCGAAAUUUGCAUAAUCGUUAACAAUGCCGGUGUUUUGGUUGUGUAUUUGAUCAUCAUUGGGGAUGUGAUGUCUGGAUCCCUUCAUCACAUGGGAGUUUUUGACCAAUGGUGGGGUCAUGGUUUUUGGGAUCACAGGAAGAUAGUGAUUCUAAUAGUUCUAGUGCUUUUUCUUGCACCGUUGUGUACCUUGGAUAAGAUUGAUUCCUUGAGCACGACUUCAGCAGCUUCUGUAGCGCUUGCAAUUGUUUUCGUUGUUGUCGUGUUUAUUGUGGCUCUUAUCAAGCUUGUUGAGGGGAAAAUUGAACCCCCUAGGAUGAUGCCUGAUUUUGGAUCCAAGAAGGCGAUUCUUGAUCUGCUUGUGGUGAUUCCCAUCAUGUCAAAUGCUUAUGUGUGCCACUUUAAUGUGCAACCAAUUUAUAACGAGCUUGAAGGGCGCUCACCGAGUAAAAUGUACCGGGUGGGAAGGAUCACAGCUGCAAUUUGUGUUGUUGUGUAUGCUUCUACUGCUAUAGCUGGCUAUUUACUCUUUGGGGAGGAUACUGAAUCUGAUGUGCUCACUAACUUCGAUAAGGUCUCCAAAUUAAGUUACAUAUUAUUUAUUAUUUUUAAAUAUUUAUGAAUUAGCUUAAUUAUCAUUUAUAUACUAAUUUAAUUAAUUAUUAUUGAAUU